CUUAAGCUUCAUCACUAAAAGCAAAAUACACCGUAACAGUUUUCGUUGGAAGAUGAAGAACGUUUCCUUUCAGCUUUUGUUUUUGGUUUCUCUUCUUGUUCUUGUCUUUGGACAUGAUCUUGUGAAAGGUAGGACAAUGGAUACAAAUGGUGGCGGCGUGCAUACAAAUAGAGGCAGUGGAUUUUUUCACGAUAAUCCUCCUUGCAAUCCAAGAGAUCCAAAGUGCAUAGAUAAACCUUGUAAUCCAGAGAAUCCAAAUUGCAGAAUGGAACAAGGUGCCAUUAAGCCAAACAGAGGCAGUGGAUAUCUUCACGAUGAUCCUCCUUGCAACCCAAGAGAUCCAAAGUGCAUAGUAAAACCUUGUAAUCCAGAGAAUCCAAAUUGCAGAAUGGAACAAGGUGCCAUUAAGCCAAACAGAGGCAGUGGAUAUCUUCACGAUGAUCCUCCUUGCAAUCCAAGAGAUCCAAAAUGCAUAGUAAAACCUUGUAAUCCAGAGAAUCCAAAUUGCUAAAAGAAACAAGGCGUUGAUAGUAAAGAAGCAGUAUUGGUAGCAAUGGGAAUGUAAGUUAUAAGAUAUGUGAAUGCCUUAUAAAACGCAUUUUAUUGAAUAAAACGUGUUUGUCUAAAUAUUUGAUUUAUAUGAUCAAUAUAUAUAGCCAGAUAAUUCUGGUAUAAUGCCCG